AUGAGAGAAGUAGCUAAUACUGGCCUAGGAAAGUUGCAGCCCAAAGUAAAAAAAAAGUUUUAAAUCUAUGCCAUUGCCAAAGGCAAUCAUUCACAAGUAUCUGAGUUUAUCCUCUUGGGACUCACGGAUAAUCCAAAGCUUCAAGUCAUUCUCUUCGGUGUAUUCCUCGGGAUCUAUUUAGUUAGUGUCAUGGGUAACCUUGGUUUGAUUGUACUAAUUCAAAUCAGUCCUCAGCUUCACACACUUAUGUAUUUUUUUCUCAGCCAUCUGGCUUUUAUUGAUUUUUCUUUUAAUUCAUCUGUCACCCCAAACACCUUGGUGCAUUUCCUGUGUGACAUUAAAAGUAUAACAUUUUAUGGAUGUGCCAUUCAGGUGUGCUGUUUCAUCACAUUUGUAGUUUGUGAACUGUAUUUGCUUGCAAUUAUGGCAUAUGAUCGGUAUGUUGCCAUCUGCAGCCCUUUACUCUACGUCACUCUCAUGCCAAGAAAACUCUGCUAUCGAAUAAUUGCUAGCACAUAUGUUUAUGGAUUUGCUGUGGGUCUUGGCCAGACAGUGGCAACAUUCCGCUUGUCUUUUUGUGGCUCAAAUAUGGUCAACCACUUCUACUGUGAUGAUGUUCCCUUGGUUGCUCUGGCCUGUUCCGACACUCAUAUCAAAGAACUCAUGUUGUUAAUCAUUGCUGGGUUCAACACCCUCUGCUCUCUACUGAAUGUGAUGAUUUCUUAUGUUUUCCUCCUCUUUGCCGUUCUGAGGAUCCAUUCUGCUGAAGGAAGACAGAAAGCUUUUUCUACCUGUGCUUCCCACCUGACCUCCAUCACAAUAUUUUACGGGACAAUCAUUUUUAUGUAUGUACUACACAAUUCAAGGCAUUCUCUAAACACAGAUAAAUUUGUUUCAGUGUUUUAUGUGGUAGUGAUUCCCAUGUUAAACCCAUUGAUCUAUAGCCUGAGAAAUCAGGAGGUAAAGAAUGCACUAAAAAGAAUUAGAGAAAAGUUGUGUUUGGCUAUCAAAUAA